GUUUGCGAUUAAAACAUCAAAGCAAUGCAACUCUACUACACUUGAUUCGCAGCCGUUUUCUCUUUUUUGACGUUCAAUGAACUAAUCACUGUCCCUACAGCCGCCCAAUGGAUGACCUGAAUGGCCUGGAGUGGUCGGCCAGCUCCAACUCCAGUGGAGGGGCCAGCAAGGUACCCCCAAGAGGGACUGGCAGCUACUUCGGGUCUAUCUCAACACAGCAGCCAACGCCACCUUUGGGAGGCUCUCGCACAUCCACGCCCAUUUCAGCGCAAAGAUCAGGGGCUGCAAAUCCAAAUCCCACCAGCAAACCCGCAACCGACAGCUUUGCUAACCUCGUCUCCUUUGGCCCCGCGAAAACGGCGACGUUGACGCUCCAGCAACAACAGGAGAAGCUUCUUGCGGAGAAGGCGAAGAAGGAAGAAGAGAAGAGGAAGCAAUAUGAUAAGGAGUUUGGAAAUACAAGCUUUUGGGAUGGCCAGUCUGGAAAGGCUGGGUUUGGGAGGAGUCCAACUGGGUCGAUCGCCCCCUCUACGACAUCCCGAAGCCCCGCACCUCCUACACCUUCAGCUCGUGUGAAUACGAACCCGUUCUCGGCGGCGAACCGCCAAAAUAUCGGCAAGACAAAUGGCGAGGAGGAGGAAGAUCUGUUUGCGGCUUUCAAUGCUGAUACAGAAGUUGACAAGUCGAGCUACUAUCCGCCACCUUCAGCCUCCCCAGAGACUAGCGCCCCUACUCAGGACAACCAGCUGGAUUUAAGCAACCCAGCAGCUUGGAAGCAAUCGGCGGGGACUGAUAUGCUAGAGGCAUUUCAAGAUGACGACGAUCCAUUUGGAUUAGGCCAGAUGCCCCAGCGGGGUAAAUCGCCAGCGGUCACCGUGAGCAAGGCCGAUGACGACGAUGACUUCCUUGGCGACCUCGGAAAACCUGUUGAAGAAGUCAGACGCCGUGAAAGGGUACCGACUCCUCAGCAGGCCCCACCCUCACCGAUUGAGUCUGAGCGGCCGGUAUCUGACGACCCAUGGGACAAAGCCGUGAACGAACUUGUUGAUAUGGGCUUCACCGCCGAGAACUCCAGGCGAGCUCUGACCGAGAGUGGAUCUGGACUUAACAUCCAAGCAGCAGUAGGGUGGUUGUUAAAUGACGCGCAUCGAGUAGCAAAAGAGAAGGCGCAAGGGCGAUCAGGUUCUCGUCCAAGCGAGCCAAGUCGGGAGUCUAGCUCAAAUGGAGCCCGAGCUGCUGCAGAGACGUCCGGAAAGGAAGCGAUUCCAUCUUGGAUGCGGCAGGAGAGAGGCCAAUCGCAGUCAAGACGUGAGGACAGCCGAUCACCAGCUAGUGAUAGCGAUGUGGCUGCAAAAGCUGCCGCGGUAGGGAGCAACUUGUUUAAAACUGCCAACUCUCUAUGGAAAACGUCUCAGAAAAGGGUACAAAAAGCCGUUGCUGAAUACCAGCAAGAUGUAGACCCAAGCCAGCCGAAGUGGAUGCGUGAUACCGGCGCAGCAGAGGGACAAAGGCCACCAGAGAAGGCGCCCCUACCAAUUGAUCCGCGUGAGCGAGGACGGAGAGGGGAGCCGUCGAGUUCGUCCGUGACCGACGAGGCUUUGAUGCUUGAGAUAGGGUCUCACCCACCGCCAAAACGCAACGUUCGAGCCGAGCCUAGUGAUCGAGCACCAUCUUCAGCUUCUUCCUCUCGAGGUCCCUCGCCUGCAGUUUCUAAUGCCACAGGCGGGCGGUCUACACCUCUGCCCAGGCGGCAGCAGGUUGCACCAACUUCUGCCAUGGAUGCCAAAUCUCGACUUACCAAACAGGCAUUGGAAGAACAGUCAGCGCAAGCAUACGUGAGUCCAUCACGACGAAAGAAGGCGACACCCAGCCCAAAACCGGCAGAGGAGCCAGAUUUGCUUUUUGGAGAUUCGAAUGGUAAACAAACGAGCCUUCCUUCUCGACCUGAACCACCAAAGACAAAUGUCCCGGCCACCAGAACCCCACAAGCCAGGCAAUCUAAACCGUCUGCGCCAAUCCCCGUACGACCGAAAGCCCCUGAAAGAACAAUCCCGCCAGUGUCUCCAUCAGCCCUGGCGAUGUCUCAUCAACAUCGUCUGGCUGGUACUGCGCAUUUUAAACGGGGUGACUACGCCGCAGCCAAUGAUUCAUACUCCCAGUCUCUAUCACCCUUACCACAAGGUCACCCUAUUACCAUCAUACUACUCUGCAACCGCUCACUUACCGCCAUCAAGACGGGUGAUCCCAAAACCGCUGUGUCCGAUGCCGACACAGCGCUCUCUCUCAUUGGCCCAAGCCGUGGUAGCAAUGAGGUGAUAGACCUGCAGGACCAGUCCACCACAGACAGUAAGAAAAGUAUGACAGAAUUCUACGGCAAGGCAUUGAUGCGUAAGGCGGAAGCUCUUGAACACAUGGAGCGCUGGGCCGAUGCUGGUGCUGUAUGGAGACAAGCUGUGGAGGGUGGCGCUGGCGGUGCGAUCGCUAUCCAAGGAAGACUACGCUGUGAGAAAGCGUUGGCACCUAAACCUAAGGCUCCAACGCCGCGUCCCCGAGCGACACCGCCUUCCCGCCCUACCGCCGUUGUUAAAGACUCUGAGGCAGUAACGCGAAUGCGCGCUGCCAAUGCUGCUGCGGAUAAGGCAGAUGACGAAAAGUUCGAGCUGAGUGAUAGCGUCGACGCGCGGAUAGCAGCUUGGCGAGAUGGACGGAGAGAUAACCUAAGAGCGCUUUUGGGAGGAUUGGAUAAUGUCCUCUGGGAAGGGAGCGGGUGGAAGAAGGUUGGCAUGCACGACUUGAUUAUGAAUGGGAAGGUCAAGAUCAACUAUAUGAAGGCGAUCGCCAAGGUCCACCCCGACAAGUUAUCACAGGGCGCAAGUACGGAGGUGAAAAUGAUUAGCUCUGCUGUGUUUUCGACCCUGAAUGAAGCGUGGGAUAAAUUCAAGGCGGAGAACGGAAUGUAAUUACGCUGGGACGACAUUUUGUAAAUAAACAAUUUGACGGAACAGUUUGAAUACUAUAACGUACAGCAGAUAAGAUUCAAUAGCAUUGUUCCC